AUGGCUGGAUAUCAGAUCAGCAGAAAGGAGCUCGUCAUGGACGCGCUGAACCGCGGCGUCGUCUGGGUCAUCAUUCUCGGAUCCGUGAUUACUGGCGCCACGAGCCAUCAGCCGCAGGCUUUUACCAUGCUCUACAUUUUUGGCGCUCUCACGCUCGCACUGUCCGGCGUCAUGUUCCUUCACGCCGUCUUCCGGGUCGUCACCAAGAGACACCCCGAGACCAACAUGCGCAAGGCCCUCAUGAAGUUCCCCUUUGAGCUGCUCCUCGUCGCCUUCCUCGUUCUGUGCACCUACUACGGCUUCUCUGUCAAGGGCCACCGUGGCGCUGAUGGUCUCUUGGAUGGAGAUGUCUCCAGCCGCCGCGUGGCUUGUGGUUUCCUUGGUCUUGUCGCUACUGGCGCUGCCAUGAUGCAUGCCCCCGCCGCCAUGGUCAACUGCAUCAAGGCCAAGCACGCGGAACACGACAGACGCGAGAAGCACGAUGCCGAUGCCACUUCCCGUGUUGUCUAA